AUGGCUCCGCGCAAGCAGCCCAAGAAGACAGUGGCGCCUGUCGCCACCCCUCUCAAGCGCUCUUCCGCCCAGAUGUCUGGGUCUCCCGAGUUGGAGUCACCUGCCACCCCUACUCCCUUCGGUCCUGCUUCCGUUGCGUCCACCUCUCGCCCUCGCACCGUGCGUCCCUACCGAUCACCUUCGGUUGAGGAUGCUCCAGAGGAGGAGGAGGAGGUCGCUGCUCAGUUGGCCGCCAAGGAGAUGCGUACGGCGCUGGGGUGGAAGCUUUCUGCGCGCCGCCCAGUUCCAGAGUCUGUUGGUCCCCUUCGCGCAGGCUCCCGCGACUGCUGCGUCAAGUGUUCGGUCACCUAUUACAACUAUCCUGGACAGAUCUGCUGGGUCCCUGUUGGCUUGGACAAGUGCGGCGACUGUCUCCAAGGAAACCACCGCUGCGUUCCGGUCGGUCCUGAUCAGAAGGAUGCCCUCACUGCCCUGCAGCUCAAGGCCGACGCCUAUUUGAACUGUUGCGCUGUGACGAGGACGCUGGGCUGGAAGAUGAUUCGGUCGCCACCCGAGCCUCGCACCCUGAAGGUCAAGAAUAAGGCCGUGACCCCAGAGAACUCACGGACAACCAGUGGAUCAGGGUUUGAUCCUGCAGAGCAAGCUGGUAAAGUCGCCGACGCGUUGGCGCCGAAUAGGAUACGAGAUCCUUAA